AUGGUGGUAGCUAGUAAUCUACCAGGAGACCUUACCAUUGAAAUACUCUCAAGACUUCCUGUGAAAUCUCUUUUACGUUUCAGGUGUGUACAUAAAACCUGGCUUUGUCCCUUAAAAUCAUCUUAUUUUAUCGCUGAGCACCUUCAGAAUCCAAACAACAAAGACCAUGCCUUCGUUUUCGUCAAGUACACGAAUGCUUCUGGUAUGUCUCGAUUCAAGUUGCUUACUCAUGACACAUUGGAAGUCUCUUUAGACCUCGGAUUACCCUUCCCUAGGUGGGACACUGUUGUUGGUUCCUGUAACGGAUUGGUUUGUUUAUAUAUUGAUCAUCAUUUUCCCCGUACCAAGAUUUUGCUUUAUAACCCUGCUGUUAGAGUGCAUAAGAUCAUCCCUGAAUCCACUCUUCCUGGCCCAGAAAGUCGAUCUGUGGGUCAUGUGUUAUUGGGGUUCGGAUAUGAUUCUGUAAAUAAUGAUUAUAAGGUAGUUAGGGUAGUUUCUUUGGAUUGCCAUAAGGAAGGGAAAUUGGUUUCUAGCGUGAAAGCUGAAGUGUACACAUUGGGAAUGAAUUCUUGGAGAGAAGUGGAAAUACCCCCCGGUGUUAACUUUGGCUUAUAUGAACCUCAAGUAUUUUUAAAUGGGGCUAUUCAUUGGUUGGGAAUGGUUGAGAAGAACAGAAACGCAAUAAAAGUAGUAGUUAGUUUUGAUGUCAGCACCGAGAUGUUCAACUUAAUUCCACUGCCGGUUUUUGCUCUGAGAGAAAUAUGGCCCAUGUGGAUUGAUGUUUAUAAGAAUUCGCUUUGUGUGGUUAAGACUGCGGAAGGAACAUGUUAUGAGAUAUGGGUGAUGAAGGAAUAUGGUGUUCAAGAGUCAUGGAUUAGACUGCAUGCUAUUCAACUCUCUCCAAGUCACCCGCCGUGGCUUUUAGGAUUGGGGAUGAAUGGGAAGUUGGUUUUGCAAAAUCUUACAGGGCUAACUGUGUAUGAUCCUAAUACUGAAGAAAUUAAGAAUGUUGAAUUCGAUCAUCCAGUGGUAAGCUGGUUUAGUAUUGCCACUUACACAGAGAGUCUGGUCUCUGUCUAG